CCUCCAUCAAGGGGUUCAGGAACAGUCACCCGCUGGAGCCAGACUCACGAAUGACACGCCUUCCAUCUGGUGCCUUAGAAAUAGAGAAUGUAGCCAUGCCGGGGAGUACUGCUGCUAAGCCAACAAGAGCAAGGUGUCCCAGCAAGCCACACUCACAGUCAAGGAAGCCUACAUGCUCACUGCUCAGCCAAAGUCCACGAUAGGCAAGGUGGGGGACAAGAUUACCCUGGACUGUGCGGCCAACGGCUACCCGGAGCCAGCCGUGGUGUGGCUCAGGGACAGUGCCACCAUCCACAUGGCGUAAGGACCUGCAAAACGUUCCGUUGAUGAUGAAAGGGAAUUCGGGAGAUGACUGAGAGGGCCAUUUUGAUGUGUCUUGAGAGCUUGGAUAACAGUGACUGAGGGAGAGGUUUCAGAAUCAAAUAAAUAUAUACCCAUUCCUUUUAUUUUUAGUUUGUGUGUGUGUGUUGCAGUUAUUGCUGUAUAUAAGGUAAGUGUUGCAGCAGGCUUAUUGUAAUGGACUGCUUUUGUUGGUAUUUUUUUUCCCUCGAGCUGCUUCCUCUACUGUGAAAAAAAAGUGACAAACAGCAAUUAGAUACAAAACUCACUUGCUUACCGUACCUUUCUGUCUUUCCUCAGGGACCUGGACACACUGUUCUGCGGCACCACCACCAGCAGCCUGCACAUCCAUGGCCUGCAGGAGGAGGACGAGGGGACGUACAGGUGCCGGGCGGAGAACAGGGACCUGGACACACAGUUCUGCGGCACCACCACCAGCAGCCUGCACAUCCAUGGCCUGCAGGAGGAGGACAAGGGGACGUACAUGUGCUGGGCGGAGAACAGGGAGGAUUCGCUCGACGCCGUAGCCCACAUACAGGUCCAAGUUGCUCCGAGGUUUCUGAGGCAGCUGGCCAACGCUCUCACCUAUGAGAAGGAGAACGUGGAGCUGGAGUGCAGCGUGUACGGCCAGCCAGAGCCCUCGCUCCACUGGCUCAAGAACGGCGAGCUGCUGGUGGAGACGGACUUUUGUGAUGGUGUGGACAUUUAUCACUUACAGAGUGUGAGCGGCAACAACCUGCAGAUCCUUGGCCUGGUGCGCCAGGAGGACUCCGGGAUGUACCAGUGUGUGGCGCACAGCUCGCCAGGGACGCCCAGCUGUGUGUCCUUGAGUCAAAGGAGCAAGACCCUGGCGGCGGGCACCCCCAGGCCCCCUUGGCUGCUGCAGGCCACCUCCACCAGCAACAGGUUCAUCACGCUGGCCUGGCAUGAGCCGGAGCUCAACACCGACCACACUGUGGGAUACUCAGUCGUCUACAAGCAGGAAGGAUCACUCAGAGAACGCGUCCAGAACGCGAGUGCAGCUCCUCCAGCGAGGGACUGAAUGAAUACAAGACCCAGAUCAGCGACCUAAGUCCCGGGAGUAACUACAUGGUGCGGGUGGUGGCCCACACCUCCGGCGGCCUGGUGGGCGCCUCCACACAUGAGGUGCGGGUGUUCACCAAGCCGGACCUGGACCUGCCCUCCGCCCCAGAGUCUGAAAGUUGUCCCCACCUCACCCACCAGUCUGGAGGUCACUUGGUCGCCGCCCGGAGUGGCCAAAACGCCCAUCACGGGAUACACCAUGCUCUAUACGCAGGUUGGGUCAGCAGAAGAACACGAGGUAGAGGUCACUGGUACGUCACAUGACCUCCAAGGCCUGGACCAGUUCACAGAGCACAGCGUGUGGCUCACCGCCGUCAACAGUAAUGGCGGGGGAGACGCCACCCCGGCGGUCACUGCCAGAACCUUCUCAGACGUGCCCUCAAAGGAGCCUCAGAAUGUGAGCGUUGAGGCUGCCAGCUCAAGGGUGAGUUGUGGAAGGCUUCCAAGGCAAAGAUGCAUUUUAAAACUCAUUUUUAAAUAGCUUUCUGCUUUGUUCGUUUCCUUCACAUCAUCUCUACAAGUUGCACAUUCAUUGUUUCAGUAUUUUUAACCCUUGCACAUUCAUUAUAUUUCAUUAUAUUUGACCCGUCCCCUGCGAUUGGCACAGAUUUGGCCUUCACAGGUAGCCUGAAAACAUAUACUCCCAGGUCUUUCUCUGCCUCUGUGGUGGAUAGUGGAGUGUUUCCCAUGUGGUAUUGGUGUGCUGGAUAUCCUCUCCCAGGGUGCAGGACUUUACAUUUUUCUCCACUGAAUUGUAGCAGCCAGUUUUUGUUCCAUUCCUGUAGCUUGGUGAGGUCUUCUGGUAGGAAAUCCACAGUCAGGGGGUUAAGUUGAAGCACUCACGGCCUCACACAAUGUUCAAACUUUUUAGAUUGUAUUUUCAUCAUUUCUCAUAUAUCUUUUUCCCUCACACGGCCUUUCCCUUCAG